AUGUCCGUCGUAGACUCUGAUGUCGAGAUGGUGGAACCUCCAAACGACCGACCACCCAGUUUGUCGCCAGCCCCCUCUUCGCACGUGAGCCGUGUAGCUUCCUCUCCCUCCCGCAGCGUCCUCGACGACCUUGACAUUUACGGAAGCCCCUCCAAGAGCGUUAUUGGUGAUGCUGACGAGGACUCGGUCAGCAACGACGCUGACAACGGCGAGGAUAUUCCAACAACAACAAAUGACGACGAAACUGCUGAACAAGAGGAGGAACACGAAGGCUCUCCAGCUCCAGAAGAGCCCGAAAGCGACCCUUCUGACACAGAAAACUCCUCCGACGCGUCUGAAGACGACGUUGACAAGGAUUUAGUCCGUGCAGCUUCAAUUGUCCAGCCAGACAAUGUCAAAACAGAAGCAGAACAAGAACCCGCCGUGAACAAUAAUACUAUCCAAAUUCCUAUGCUCGUCGACCUCCCGCCAGCUCCCACGGUCGAUGCCGUACCACUCCCGACAUCACCACUUUCUGCCCCUCCAACUUCACCCGCCAAACCAAUCCACAAGAAGCCUAAAUCGCACCAUGUUCCUCCUGUGCCACCGCCGCCAGUCGCCCCACCACCCAUGCAAACUAUACGGCUGGAAAUUCAGCUGGGUGGACCCGACAACUACGAAAUUGAUGUUCGCAAGAAGGCUCACAGCGAAGGCAUCGAAUGGGACGCGCUCAUGGUGGAGAAAAAGUAUGCCGAUGACAGCAGUGAAGGGGAGAGCGAGCAAGAGGAUAAGAAGGACGUGGACGGGGAUGUGAACAUGGAAGAUAAAGCGAAGCCAAAAAAGAAGAAGAAGAAAAAGUCCAAGGCGGCUACGGAAUAUUACGAUGUGAAUGACCCCUUCAUCGACGACUCCGAGCUGGCGAUCGACGAGCGGACAUAUAUUGCGCAGACGAAACAGACCGGCUUCUACGUGAGCAGCGGAGAAGUCGCCCUUGUACGAGACAAGGCUCCCAAGAAAGCUCCAGCCACAACUGCCAAAGGGAAGAAGAAGCCGGCAGCAGCACUGUCGCUCAAUUUCCCAGUGGCUUCGUCGUCUAAACCAGUGUCUGGAGUGAAGAAAGCAUCUGCCAAAUCCGCUCCGUCAUCCUCAGCGGCGCCGCUCUUGAAGGGACUGGGAACCAAGGAAUCUCCUAUUCCACUUGAGGAUGAAGACGACCGCGCACCGAACGGGGCCAAUCCAGCCAAAGGUAAAUGGAAGGCCUCCGCUUCAGCGAACGGCGAAGAAGAUGAGACCGAAGUCGGCAAGAAGCGUAAACGUGCGGCUAACGGGACAACAGACGGACCAAAGAAGCGUAAACCCGUGGAUAUAGAGAACUUCCACCCAGAACUACAGGCCAGCAUCGCUAAGCUCAAGGUCGCUAUAGCUGCUGAGUCUUGGGAGACCAAAUCCAAGUUUCCACCAAACCUCAAACCGAUGUUGAAUGAUCUCGCGCUUCAGGCCAUUCAACUGGACGAGUAUAAUGAGCAAUUCUUCAAUCUUAUGCCGACUAUAUUUCCCUACAAUCGGUUUACUAUGACCAAGCUUAUCAAACGGACGGUGUUCAAAGACCACUCAGACCUCCUGCACGCAAAGCAGGAGGAGCUGUUAGCCGACCUCGCGCGACUUGCGACUGAAGGGUUCUCGAAGGCGCAAGAAGAGUGGGAGAAGAAUGUAGCUUCCUAUGAAGAAAAGCAGAAGGAGAAAGCUGCUCAAGUCAAAGCUGACUCAGAAAACCCGGAAGGUGGCUCCCCCCACACGACCGAAGACCAGGAUGCGGCGAAGGAAGAUAAUCCAGGGACGGGAAAACCUGGCACAGCGCAAGGCCCGCCACCGAAACGAUACCGCAUGACCGACGAGAUGAAGUCAAUAGUGUGGCAGCUUGUCCAGCUCAGCAACGAGCUUUGUCGAAUAGAGAACGAGAAAAAUGGACUGGAAGGGUCUGUUCUCCAAGUCAGCGAACAGGGCCUUCGGAAAACUCUUUAUCAACGCAUCGUUAGCUCAUUUCCUUCGGGUUGGAUGGCAUCAGGCCAAAUCUCUCGCGAUGGUCAGCGUUCAUCUCCAUUAGAUCUUGCAUCUCACCCAUUACCCUAUCUAGUGAGUGCCAUGAAAAAGAAGAUGGAGAAAGAGGUGGAGGAAUAA